AGAGAUCCCUUCAGCCUCCAUAAUGACCAUUGCAGUCUCAUGGUCGGAACCUACAGCCACGGAUGACUCGGGAUCCGUCCAAACUACAUCAUCUCACCAACCUGGUGAUGCAUUUGCUGUUGGCACAACAACUUUGGUCACAUAUACCUUUAGUGAUGAUGCCGGAAACACUGCCGAUUGUUCUUUCAAUAUAAUUAUAUCCUCUUCUGCUAUCACUGACAAUGUUGACCCUGUCAUCAGUGGGUGUCCUGAUAACAUCAAUAUUGCUAUCCCAAUCGGUUCAACUGGAGUUGCUGUCACAUGGACUGAGCCAACAGCAACAGAUAACUCUGGCGAUGUCCCAACUGUCACCUCUAAUAGUUCUCCUGGAGAUACUUUUGGUGUUGGCGCAACCCAAGUGGCGUACACGUUCACUGAUUCAUCAGGAAAUAAUGCAUUCUGUAUAUUUACUGUGACUGUAUCAGCCACCACUGACAAUGUUGACCCUGUCAUCACUGGGUGUCCUGAUAACAUCAACAUUGCUAUCCCAAUUGGUUCAACUGGAGUUGCUGUCACAUGGACUGAACCAACAGCUACAGAUAACUCUGGCGUAGUCCCGACCUCCACCUCUACUAGUUCUCCUGGAGAUACUUUUAAUGUUGGCACAACCCAAGUUAGCUAUACAUUCACUGAUGGAUCCGGAAAUAAUGCAUUCUGUAUAUUUACAGUAACUGUAUCUGCCACCACUGACAAUGUUGACCCUGUCAUCACUGGGUGUCCUGAUAACAUCAACAUUGCUAUCCCAAUCGGCUCAACUGGAGUCGCUGUCACAUGGACUGAGCCAACAGCUACAGAUAACUCUGGUGUAGUCCCAACUUUCACCUCUACUAGUUCUCCUGGAGAUGUUUUUAGUGUUGGCACAACCCAAGUUAGCUAUACAUUCACUGAUGGAUCAGGAAAUAAUGCAUUCUGUAUAUUUACUGUAUCUAUAUCUGCGACCACUGACAAUGUUGACCCUGUAAUCAAUGGGUGUCCUGAUAACAUCAACAUUGCUAUCCCAAUCGGGUCAACUGGAGUUGCUGUCACAUGGACUGAGCCAACAGCUACAGAUAACUCUGGCGUUGUCCCAACCUCCACCUCUACUAGUUCUCCUGGAGAUACUUUUAAUGUUGGCACAACCCAAGUUAGCUAUACAUUCACUGAUGGAUCGGGAAAUAAUGCAUUCUGUGUAUUUACUGUAUCUGUAUCUGCCACCACUGACAAUGUUGACCCUGUCAUCACUGGGUGUCCUGAUAACAUCAACAUUGCUAUCCCAAUUGGCUCAACUGGAGUUGCUGUCACAUGGACUGAGCCAACAGCUACAGAUAACUCUGGUGUAGUCCCAACUUUCACCUCUACUAGUUCUCCUGGAGAUGUUUUUAAUGUUGGCACAACCCAAGUUAGCUAUACAUUCACUGAUGGAUCAGGAAAUAAUGCAUUCUGUAUAUUUACUGUAUCUAUAUCUGCCACCACUGACAAUGUUGACCCUGUCAUCAGUGGGUGUCCUGAUAACAUCAAUAUUGCUAUCCCAAUUGGUUCAACUGGAGUUGCUGUAACAUGGACUGAGCCAACAGCAACAGAUAACUCUGGCAUUGUCCCAACCUCCACCUCUACUAGGUCUCCUGGAGAUACUUUUAAUGUUGGCACAACCCAAGUUAGCUAUACAUUCACCGAUGGAUCAGGAAAUAAUGCAUUCUGUAUAUUUACUGUAACUGUAUCUGCUUCCACUGACAAUGUUGACCCUGUCAUCAGUGGGUGUCCUGAUAACAUCAACAUUGCUAUCCCAAUUGGUUCAACUGGAGUUGCUGUAACAUGGACUGAGCCAACAGCUACAGAUAACUCUGGCGUAGUCCCAACCUCCACCUCUACUAGAUCUCCUGGAGAUGUUUUUAGUGUUGGCACAACCCAAGUUAGCUAUACAUUCACCGAUGGAUCAGGAAAUAAUGCAUUCUGUAUAUUUACUGUAUCUAUAUCUGCCACCACUGACAAUGUUGACCCUGUCAUCACUGGGUGUCCUGAUAACAUCAACAUUGCUAUCCCAAUUGGCUCAACUGGAGUUGCUGUCACAUGGACUGAGCCAACAGCUACAGAUAACUCUGGCGUAGUCCCAACCUCCACCUCUACUAGAUCUCCUGGAGAUGUUUUUAGUGUUGGCACAACCCAAGUUAGCUAUACAUUCACUGAUGGAUCGGGAAAUAAUGCAUUCUGUAUAUUUACUGUAUCUAUAUCUGCGACCACUGACAAUGUUGACCCUGUCAUCACUGGUUGUCCUGAUAACAUCAACAUUGCUAUCCCAAUUGGUUCAUCUGGAGUUGCUGUAACAUGGACUGAGCCAACAGCUACAGAUAACUCUGGUGUUGUCCCAACCUCCACCUCUACUAGAUCUCCUGGAGAUGUUUUUAGUGUUGGCACAACCCAAGUUAGCUAUACAUUCACUGAUGGAUCGGGAAAUAAUGCAUUCUGUAUAUUUACUGUAUCUAUAUCUGCGACCACUGACAAUGUUGACCCUGUCAUCACUGGUUGUCCUGAUAACAUCAACAUUGCUAUCCCAAUCGGGUCAACUGGAGUUGCUGUAACAUGGACUGAGCCAACAGCUACAGAUAACUCUGGUGUUGUCCCAACCUCCACCUCUACUAGAUCUCCUGGAGAUGUUUUUAGUGUUGGCACAACCCAAGUUAGCUAUACAUUCACUGAUGGAUCGGGAAAUAAUGCAUUCUGUAUAUUUACUGUAUCUAUAUCUGCGACCACUGACAAUGUUGACCCUGUCAUCACUGGUUGUCCUGAUAACAUCAACAUUGCUAUCCCAAUCGGGUCAACUGGAGUUGCUGUAACAUGGACUGAGCCAACAGCUACAGAUAACUCUGGUGUUGUCCCAACCUCCACCUCUACUAGAUCUCCUGGAGAUGUUUUUAGUGUUGGCACAACCCAAGUUAGCUAUACAUUCACUGAUGGAUCGGGAAAUAAUGCAUUCUGUAUAUUUACUGUAUCUAUAUCUGCGACCACUGACAAUGUUGACCCUGUCAUCACUGGUUGUCCUGAUAACAUCAACAUUGCUAUCCCAAUUGGUUCAUCUGGAGUUGCUGUAACAUGGACUGAGCCAACAGCUACAGAUAAUUCUGGUGUUGUCCCAACCUCCACCUCAACUAGAUCUCCUGGAGAUGUUUUUAGUGUUGGCACAACCCAAGUUAGCUAUACAUUCACUGAUGGAUCGGGAAAUAAUGCAUUCUGUUUAUUUACUGUAUCUAUAUCUGCCAUUUCUGACAAUACUGAACCUGUCAUCACUGGAUGUCCCGAUGACAUCUCUGUCGUUGCUCCUUCUGGAUCAACUGGGGUUGCAAUCACAUGGCCUGAGCCAACAGCCUCAGAUGAUUCAGGCCCCAUCACAAUGGAAUCUACCAGUUCUCCUGGAGAUUCUUUUAACAUUGGCAUGACAACAGUCUCCUACACCUUCACUGAUGAUUCUGGAAAUUUUGCUAUCUGUUCCUUUUCUGUCACUGUUUCUGCUGAAGCCGACACCACAGUCCCUGUCAUUGAGAACUGCCCUUCCAGCUUUACUGUUGAUGCCGGUAGCAAUAGCUUUCUCUUUGUUACCUGGACUGAACCAACUGCCACUGAUGAUUCUGGGACAGUCAAUUUGGUCUCUGGUCCUUCCUCAAACAGUGGCUUUUACCAAGCUGGAAGCAUCAAUGAAGUCACUUAUGUAUUCCAAGAUACUGCAGGAAAUGAGGCAGAGUGUAGCUUUACAGUAACCGUUGCGGCCACCACUGACAAUAUUGACCCUGUCAUUACCGGGUGUCCCGAUAACAUCAUUGUGGCCACUGAUCUGGGGUCAGGUGGGGCCACUGUUUCAUGGACCGCGCCGUCAGCUACGGACAACUCUGGCCAAAUCCCAUCCUCCACAUCUGACAGGUCUCCGGGAGAUUUUUUUAAUGUUGGCACAACCCAAGUGACUUAUACCUUUACCGAUGGAUCAGGGAACAAUGCAUUCUGCUCUUUCUUUGUUACUGUGGAGGCCACCCUUGACAACACUGACCCUGUCAUCAGUGGGUGUCCUGAAAACAUCUUUGUUGAUAUCCCAUCUGGGUCAACUGGAGUUUCUGUCUCAUGGACUGCACCAACAGCCACGGAUAACUCUGGCGUUGUCCCAACUUUCACCUCUACUAGAUCUCCUGGAGAUUCUUUUAGUGUUGGCACAACCCAGGUGACCUACACCUUCACUGAUGGAUCAGGAAAUGAUGCUUUCUGCACUUUCUUUGUCACCGUAGCUGCCACUACUGACAACACCGACCCUGUCAUUGAAAACUGCCCUGAAAGCUUUUCUGUCGAUGCCGGCAACAACGCCUUUGUCUUUGUCUUCUGGACUGCACCAACUGCCACUGAUGAGUCUGGGACAGUCACUCAAGUCGCUGGGCCAUCGUCCAACAAUGGCUUUUACCAGGCUGGUACAGUCAAUGAUGUCCUGUAUAUCUUUGAGGAUGAGGCUGGCAAUCAGGCUCAGUGUGCCUUCCAGGUCACAGUAACAGCUACCGUUGACAACACUGACCCAGUCAUCACCAACUGUCCAAACAACAUUGCUGUCCAAACCACACUGAAUGGUGCUCCAGUUCAAGUCAGCUGGAAUGAGCCCUCUGCAACGGAUGACAGUGGUGAUCCAGUACAGGUCACUCAGACUGCUAGCUCAGGAAACUUAUUUAGCCCUGGCACCACUGCUGUCACCUACACUUUCACUGAUACCUCUGGAAACGAUGCCGAAUGUACUUUUACGGUCACUGUCACAACCACUAUUGAUGUAACUGCACCUGUAAUUAAUGACUGCCCCUCUGACAUAACCGUUCAAACCACACUGGGUGGCACCGCGGUAGCACUAACCUGGACCGAACCAACGGCUACUGAUGAUUCUGGAUCAGUUUCAUCAACAUCAACUUCCAAUCCCGGGGAUUCAUUCCCUGUUGGAACUACAGUUGUUGUUUAUACAUUUAGCGAUGAUGCAGGAAAUUCUGCUGUGUGUUCUUUCACUGUAACGGUGGAGGCCACUAUUGAUGUAACUGCACCUGUUAUUAAUGACUGCCCCUCUGACAUAACCGUUCAAACCACACUGGGUGGCACCGCGGUAGCACUAACCUGGACCGAACCGACGGCUACUGAUGAUUCUGGAUCAGUUUCAUCAACAUCAACUUCCAAUCCCGGGGAUUCAUUCCCUGUUGGAACUACAGUUGUUGUUUAUACAUUUAGCGAUGAUGCAGGAAAUUCUGCUGUGUGUUCUUUCACUGUAACGGUGGAGGCCACUGUUGAUGUAACUGCACCUGUAAUUAAUGACUGCCCCUCUGACAUAACUGUUCAAACCACACUGGGUGGCACCGCGGUAGCACUAACCUGGACCGAACCAACGGCUACUGAUGAUUCUGGAUCAGUUUCAUCAACAUCGACUUCCAGUCCCGGGGAUUCAUUCCCUGUUGGAACUACAGUUGUUGUUUAUACAUUUAGCGAUGAUGCAGGAAAUUCUGCUGUGUGUUCUUUCAUUGUAACGGUGGAGGCAAAUAUUGAUGUCACUGCACCAAUAAUUAACAACUGCCCCGAGGACAUCACUGUCCAGACAACCCUCGACGGUGCUGCAGUCGCAGUGACCUGGGCCGAACCGACUGCAACUGAUGAUUCAGGAACUGUAACAUCUACCUCAUCUUCUAAUCCUGGAGAUUCUUUCCCACUCGGCACAACAACUGUUGUUUAUACAUUUACUGAUGAUUCUGGCAAUGCAGCUUUAUGUUCAUUCACUGUAUCGGUUGAGGGUUCCGUAGACAAUAAUGGUCCCGUGAUUAGUGGCUGCCCCAGUGAUAUCAUAGUGAACAGCGUGGCUAACAACAACCAGGUCUCUGUCAGUUGGCUGGAACCAACAGCUGUUGACGACUCUGGACAGGUACCAAGCGUAGUGAGUUCAAGCAGCCCUGGAGACCUAUUCCCAUUUGGAUCCACUGUGGUCAGUUACACAUUCGUGGAUGGCAGUAAUAAUCCUUCUGCUUGUACAUUUACUGUCACUGUAAUCGACAACAAUGGUCCUGUCAUCAGUAACUGCCCUAUGGACAUCUCCCGAAGUAUCCCAUUCGGUUCAUCUGGUACCACGGUUUCCUGGACACCACCCACAGCAGUUGAUAACUCUGGUUCAAAUGUCAUUGUGAGUUCCAACAACAACCCAGGUGAUUUCUUUGGAGUGGGCCUAAGCCAAGUCACUUACACCUUCACAGAUGCACAAGGCAACCCAUCCCAGUGUAGCUUCAAUGUGAUUAUCUUUGCUGAAGGUGAUAAUAUCGACCCGGUUAUUGUGGGCUGCCCUGGAAACAUUGCUGUAGACAGCGAUCCAGAUAGUAAUGGUGCCUCUGUUACGUGGACGCCACCUGUGGCCACUGACAACUCUGGCAAUACCCCAACAGUCACCCAGACAGCAACUCCUGGCUCCACCUUCCUCAUUGGAGAGACAACUGUCAUGUACACUUUUACCGAUGACGCAGGAAAUUUUGCUGUUUGUUCUUUCAAUGUUAUAGUCAACGACGAAACUUCACCGGUGAUCCUGAACUGCCCCCAAGAUAUCUCCAUCUCGGUGCCUUUCGGAACCACCAGAGCUGUUGUUACAUGGGCAGUACCGACAGCCACUGAUAACUCUGGUGGAGUCGUCCAAUCUACCAGCACUGCCUCUCCCGGUGAUGUCUUCUCCGUUGGUGUCACCCAAGUCAGAUAUACCUUUAUUGAUGCUGACAACAACCCUGCUGUUUGUGCCUUCAAUAUAUUCAUCAGCGCUCUUGGAGAUACAGUUGACCCUGUUAUCAGCAACUGCCCACCAAACCUAGCUGUCACUGCAGACAGCUCCCUCAACGGAGCAUUUGUGACAUGGACAGAACCGUCGGCUACGGAUAACUCUGGAAUGGUCAAUUCCGUGUCUUCUGCUUCUCCCAAUGAUUUCUUCCUGAUUGGAGAAACCACAGUCACAUACACAUUUGUUGAUCCCAGUAACAAUGAUGCCAUCUGUUCCUUCAACAUUGUGGUGUCUGACGACACCAAUCCCAUGAUUAACAACUGCCCUGAUGACAUAUCCCUCUCUGUACCAUUUGGAGUGAGCUCUGCUGUGGUGACCUGGACUGUCCCUUCUGCUACAGACAACUCGGGAUUUGUCUCGCUGACAUCUAACAACGCCAAUCCAGGAGACUCUUUCCCUAUCGGUAACACUCAGGUUGCCUACAUCUUCACUGACGAUUUCAACAAUGAUGCAAUCUGUACUUUUGAAAUCUCAAUCAUGGUUCUUGGAGAUAUCACCAUCCCAGUGAUAUCAGAUUGUCCACCAUCUACCAUUGUCGUAGAGGCAGACGCAAACCUACCAGGAGCCAGCGUGGACUGGACCAUCCCAACUGCUGUUGACAACGAUGGCAACCCCCCACAGGUUACCGUCAGCAAUCCCCCAGGAUUCUUUACCAUUGGUAGCACUACAGUGACUUACACCUUCAGAGACACUGUUGGCAACGAGGCCUUCUGCAUUUUUGACGUUGUCGUAAUUGAUAACACAGACCCAGUGGUAACUUCCUGUCCUGAUAACAUUAACCUUGAUGUGCCCUUUGGAACCACAUCCACCGCUGUCUCAUGGCAGUCCCCUCUGGUCAGUGACAACUCUGGUACCUUUGAUACCGUUAACAAUGCCAACCCAGGUGAUCUCUUCACUGCCGGUAUUGUCACACAGGUCAGCUACACCUUCACAGAUCCGUCCAACAACUUUGAAGUCUGUAACUUCCUGGUGACCAUAAACAUUGGUGCAGACAUGACUGAUCCUGUCAUCACUGGGUGCCCCCAGAACAUUGCUGAAGUACUCCCUGACGACUCUGCCGCUGUCGCCAUUACUUGGACUCCACCCACUGCCACAGACAACUCUGGCCAAGUACCAUCCUUGGUUGCUACUGCCAACAGUGGUGACCUGUUUGCAGUAGGAACCACCACAGUUACAUACACCUUCAGGGACCUGGCACUAAACGAGGCCACUUGUUCAUUCACUGUUACAGUUUUUGACCAAACCGGACCUACAUUCCUCUUCUGCCCUGGUGAUAUCACCUUGGUGGUAUCCCUUGGAACUCCUACUGCUGUUGCUACAUGGACCGAACCUGUUGCCCAGGAUAACUCGGGUGCUGUGAAUUUCGUGGACCAAAGCCAUGCUUCCGGAGAUGAAUUCCCAGCAGGUAGCACCACCACCGUAACCUACCGCUAUGAAGAUGGCAGCAACAAUCCUGGUUUCUGUUCCUUCCAAGUCAUUGUCAACACAUUGGAUGACGCGAGACCAGAGAUCGACAGCUGUCCACCCAACAUUGCUGUUGAGGUUGAGAUUGGAGUUGGUGGUACCCCAGUCACCUGGGUGAUCCCAACAGCUACAGACAACUCUGGAGUGGCCCCAACCGUUGACAACAACUUUAACCCAGGAGACUUCUUUGAUGUUGGAUCUACCCUUGUUGUCUACACCUUCACCGAUGGUGCUGGAAACGAUGCACAGUGCGCCUUCAAUGUUGCUGUCACCGGUGUGGACACCACACCUCCCCUCAUUCAGUCUUGCCCAGGAGAUAUUUCUCUAACAACGGAUGUCACCACAUCUGGAAGAGUGGUCAGUUGGGAUGCACCAAUCGUUGCUGAUGCUUCCGGUGAUCCAAUCAGCAUUGUUGUUUCAAUGGCUCCUGGAACCUUCUUUGAGAUUGGAACUACCACUGUCAUGUACACCUUUGUAGACUCAUCUGGAAACAGUAUUUCCUGUGACUUUGAUGUUGUUAUUACCUCAACUGAUGAGGAAGGACCUGUCAUCUCUGGUUGUCCCGGCAACAUCCUCCGCACUGUCCUGGACGACACCACUGGUGGAGUCAUCAACUGGACCCCGCCUGUUGCCACUGACAACUCUGGCGAGGAGGUACAGCUUCUGAGCAAUCCCCCCACUCCAGGAAGUUACUUCCCCAUUGGAACAACCACUGUCACCUACUCAUACAGUGAUGGUGCUGGAAACAUCAGAGAGUGUACCUUUGAUAUCAUCAUUGAUCAAGAUACUCCAUGCGAUGCAAAUCCCUGUGAGAAUGGCGGUGUAUGUCUUGCCCAAUCCUUGACUGAUUACGUUUGCGUCUGUCCAGGUUGCUUCGCUGGUAAUAACUGUCAGUUUGAGCUUGAUCCUUGCAAUGGCAACACGUGUGUCAACGGAGGCCAGUGUGUCCAGUAUGACAACUCUUGCACACGCUACUUCUGUGAAUGCCCAGAAUGCUUUUAUGGCGAGUUCUGUGAAAACCGUGUGGAUGCCUGUGCAUGCAAUAAGUGUGAGAAUGGUGGAGUCUGCUCGCCUCUAGCUGGAGGCACCUGUACCGACUACAACUGCCUCUGUACCGGAUGUUUCGUUGGACAGUUCUGUGAAAACGAGUACAAUCCAUGUGACUAUGCUCCGUGCCAGAAUGGUGGACUCUGUAGUAACAUUGCCGACUCCUGCUCAGCUUACAGCUGUGAAUGCCAGGGAUGUUUCACAGGAUACAGUUGUGAAAUUGCCAUUCCCAACCCAUGUGAUGAGGACCCUUGUACCAAUGGAGGAGUUUGCUCUCGUAUAUCUGGAAGCUGUUAUGCUUAUCAGUGCGCCUGUCAGCCAGGCUUUGCUGGACCUCGCUGUGAAGAUGCUGUUGUUACUCUUGUAAACCCAUGCAACAACUUCCCUUGUGAGAACGGUGCUUCCUGCGUCUGUGAUAACGCUCAGAACUACGUCUGUCUGUGCCCACCUGGCUUCAAUGGAAUUCAUUGUGAAGUCGGUCUAGUCACAUCCCAGGAUGCUUGCUCCAAUGGUCCUUGUGUGAAUGGCAACUGUGUGAACAGUUACCACAGUGGCACUGAGGUAUUGGGAGUGUACAGCCCGCAGUAUACAUGUGUCUGCCCUGAAGGUUUCACUGGACCCAAUUGUGCAUUGACCUCCGCAAACAACCCAAGUCUUGUUGUGUGUGACGAUAAUAAGUGUGAAAAUGGUGGAGUCUGUUACAAUACGUAUUACAGCUAUGACCAGAGUGUGUCCUACUUCUGUGAAUGUCCCAUCGGUUUCUUUGGUGAAUGCUGUGAACUGACUCAUCCCAAUCCUUGUUUCAGCAACCCCUGUACUGUCAACGGCAACUGUUUGGCCUUCAACACCUACUUUGUUUGUUCCUGUCUCAACGGAUACUCCGGAGUCACAUGCGAGGUCCCACCAAAUGACAUCACCAGGCCAGUCCUGGACUGUCCUGACAGUAUUACCGUACCAGCUACCACAACCAGCGGUGGUGCCGUGGUUACCUGGAACCUUCCUACAGUCACAGACGACUCUGGGAACUGGGGCUUUGUCUCCGUCAACAGCGAGUCUGGAGCUUACUAUGCCAUUGGGACCGUCUUGCCUGUGACCUACAGAUACAUUGACGGAGCAGGCAACUUUGCUACUUGCACCUUUACUAUCAGUGUUACAGAACUUGACAACAUCAACCCUGAGAUUCAGCAAUGUCCGGAAGACAUUGAUAUCAGCCUGCCUCCUGGUGGACUCAGCACUGUGGUUUCCUGGUUGGAACCCUUUGCCACCGAUAACUUCGCUGUCGUCAGCACCGACAACAACUUCACUCCUGGAGACAACUUUGAUCUUGGCUCAACAGUGGUCUCCUACACCUUCACAGAUGCUGCUGGCAACUUUGAUGUCUGUACCUUCACAGUCACUAUUGCAGCUGAACCUGAUGUAAGCCCACCCGCCAUCACAAACUGCCCUGGAGAUCUUACCAUUGAGGUUGGACCUGGUACUGUAUCUUCUGUUGCCACUUGGAUCGAACCCUCUGCUACCGACAAUGUGGGUGUCAUCACAACCAUCAAUAAUUUCAAUCCUGGAGACAUUUUCAAUGUUGGCACCACCAGGGUUACAUACAGCUUUGGCGAUGCUGCUGGGAAUCCAGCUUCAUGUAGUUUUGAUGUGACUGUUAUUGUUGGUGAAGAUCAGGACGCCCCCAUUAUCCAGAAUUGUCCUGGAAACAUUGCUAUUUUUGUUGGAGUGGGCAUCACUGAAACGGCUGUAACCUGGAUCGAACCUUCCGCAGUAGACAACUCCAUCGGAGCCAUUGCAGUAGAGAACAACUAUGCACCAGGAGAUGACUUCCUGCUAGGAGCCACUCUUGUCUCUUACACGUUUACCGACUUGGCAGGCAAUUUUGCCACUUGCGAGUUCUUUGUUGGUCUUCAAGUUGCUGUUGACGAUGUUGACCCUGUCAUCUCCAACUGCCCUGGAAAUGUUCUCCUUAGUGUUGCCCAAGGUGUCACUUCGGUUACAGCCUCCUGGGUACCACCUACAGCUGUGGACAACUCUGGCACAGUCAACACUGUGAGCAACUUCAUCCCAGGGAAUGUCUUUGGCCUUGGUUCCACUGUUGUCACCUACACCUUCACCGAUCCUUCCAACAACCUUGCCAUCUGUGCCUUUGAAGUCAUAGUUACUGUUGCUGCUGACGUUAUACCACCCGUGAUCUCCAAUUGCCCCGGUGCCAUCAACGUGGAGGUCAGCUCCAGCCUGUCCACUGCUUCCGUCUCUUGGGAUGAGCCGACUGCAGAAGAUGAAUCUGGUAUUGUGCUGGCCAGCCAGAACUUCAACCCAGGACAGCUCUUUGGGGUGGGAACUACCGCUGUCACCUAUACCUUCACCGAUCAGGCCGGCAACCCAGCAAUCUGUACCUUUGUGGUAACAGUCACAGCUGUUGACGACAUUGCACCUGUCAUUAUUGGUUGCCCCAACACCAUCACCUACGAGGCACCCCUGGGGGCUACCCGUGCACCUGUUACCUGGAACCCUCCCACUGUUACAGAAGCAGGUGUUGUAACUUCACAGACAUCAACACCAGGUAGCCUCUUCCUCCUUGGCACCACACAGGUUACCUACACCUUCACUGAUCUUCUUGGAAACGUUGCUACCUGUUCCUUCUCAGUGGUUGUCAUAACUGUUAUGGACAAUACACGCCCAGUCCUCGUGACCUGCCCUGAUGACGUCAGCGUCCGCGUCGAUGUCGGCCUCACUGGAGGUACGGCCACAUGGACGGCACCCACUGCCAUUGAUGACUCUGGUACUGUCAAUGUUGCCAGCAACUACAACCCAGGAGAUUUCUUUAACCUUGGAUCAACUUUGGUGGCGUACACACUCAGUGACGAUGAGGGCAACUCCAUCAAUUGUGAUUUCUUUGUCAUUGUGACAGCUGAAACUGAUGACGUUAUGCCUGUGAUCAGCGGGUGUCCAGAUGAUGUCACUCUUUACGUUCCUCAAGGCACGACCAGGGCCAAUGUGUUGUGGACCGAGCCAACUGCCACAGACAACUUUGGUGAUGUGACGGUCACUCGGUCUGCCACUCCUGGAAGCCUUUUCCUGCUUGGUCAGCGUCAAGUCACCUAUACUUUCAGAGACGAGGCCAACAAUAUUGCCUUCUGUACCUUUGAUGUUAUUGUUCAAGUGGCACCAGUCGAUGAUGUUUCACCAGUCCUUGUUUCAUGCCCGGGCGACAUUACCGUUGCUACCUCAGAUCAGAAUACCGCUGUACCCGCUUUCUGGCUUGUCCCUCAGGCUAUCGACAAUUCUGGUAACGUCAAUGUUCUGACCAACAGUAACCCUGGUGACCUCUUUAUCUUGGGUGUCAACACCGUCACCUACACUUUCACAGACAAUGCUGGAAACGAUGUUAUCUGCUCGUUCGAUGUCAAUGUAGUUCUUGGUGUGAUCGAUACCACAGAUCCCAUCAUAAACUUCUGUCCAGCAAACAUGGAGAUCUUGACCCCUGUUGGCGAGCCAGAGGUUGAAGUUACCUGGAACGAACCAGUGGCCUUUGACAACUCUGGCAGUGUAACCACCACUAAAAGUGCCUCUCCAGGAGACACCUUUGGAGAAGGUGUUACUCAGGUGGUCUACCAAUUCACUGAUGCCAGCGGGAAUGAUGCUUUCUGUAUUUUCACUAUCACUGUUACCUUGGAUGUCCAAACUGACUUUGAGGGUCCUGUCAUCAGCAACUGCCCUGUUGAUCUUUUCCUGAGUGUCCCUGCAGGGAUUGCUACUGUAUCCGCAACAUGGCAAGAGCCCUCUGCUACUGAUGCAUCUCUUCCCAUUUCAUUGGAGCAGUCUGCCAGUCCUGGUGAUGAGUUUCCUGUUGGUCAGACCACCUUGGUCACCUACACCUUUACUGAUGCUUUGGGCAACCCGUCCAUAUGUGCCUUUAGCGUUUCUGCCAUGGUUGUUAUCGUUGACAACACUGACCCUGUCAUCUCCAACUGUCCUGAUGACAUCAACUUGUCCGUCCAACCCAACUUCGCCAAUGUAGCUCUCACUUGGAUAGAGCCAUCAGCAAUGGACGACACCACUGCCACUGCCAACAUCCGCAUUGAACAAAAUGCCUCUCCAGGAGAUUCUUUCCCUGCAGGGCAGACCACCAUCGUCUCUUACACCUUCACCGAUGAAGCAGGAAACUUUGCAGUGUGCACCUUCCAAAUCACCAUUAAUGUGUUGAAUACAGACACCACCGAUCCUGUGGUGAGUAACUGCCCAGAUCCUAUCACCUUGAGUGUUGGUGCCGGAGAGACUAGCGCCCCUGUGUUCUGGACCGAACCUACCGCUGUAGAUGAAACCAGUUCUGUCACCGUCUCCCAGACUGCAUCACCAGGGGACAGCUUCGGCCUUGGCCAGAACCUCGUCAGCUACACUUUCACAGAUGCUGCAGGAAACGAUGCCUUCUGUACCUUUACUAUAACCAUCACAGUUGUCACUGAUAACAUAAGACCCGUAAUCAGUGGCUGUCCAGAUGAUAUCAGUGUCACGAUCCCAUCGGGAUCCAAUGGAGUUGGUAUCACUUGGACCCCGCCCACAGCUACAGAUAACUCUGGAGAAGUGCCAACCGUCAUCUCUACUAGCUCUCCUGGAGAUACUUUUGAAGUUGGCACGACUGUAGUUAGUUAUACUUUCACUGAUGGUUCAGGCAAUAAUGACAUCUGUCUGUUCACUGUUACUGUAGCUGUUAACUUUACUGAUCCUGUCGUGACUGGUUGUCCUGAUGACAUUUCUGUAUCAAUCCAAAAUGGAACUACUGGAAUCUCCGUGAAUUGGACAGAGCCCAAUGCCACAGAUGACUCUGGCUCCGUUCUUAUUUCUACUUCUACUCAUUCUCCUGGAGAUAUAUUUGACCUCGGCACAACCCUCGUUAACUAUACUUUCACUGAUGGAUCAGGAAACUUUGCUAUCUGUUCCUUCUCUGUUUCUGUUGAUGUGACUUCUGGUGACAACAUUGACCCUGUUAUCACAGGGUGUCCUGAGAAUAUAGUUGUGACUAUUCCUAGUGGGUUUACAGGAGCCUCUGUGACAUGGAUUGAGCCUACCGCUACCGACAACUCUCCGGACCCAGUCAGGGUUGAUUCUAGAAGUUCUCCUGGAGACUCCUUCAAUCUUGGCUCAACUGCCGUCACCUACACCUUCACAGACAGCUCUGAGAACUUUGCUGUUUGCUUAUUCAUUGUCACUGUACAGGCGAACAUUGACAACACAAUUCCUGUGGUGAGCAACUGCCCAAAUCCUAUCACCUUGAAUGUUGGUGCUGGAUUGACUAGCGUCCCUGUGGUCUGGACCGAACCUACCGCUGUAGAUGAAACCAGUUCUGUCACCGUCUCCCAGACUGCAUCACCAGGGGACAGCUUCGGCCUUGGCGAGAACCUCGUCAGCUACACUUUCACAGAUGCUGCAGGAAACGAUGCCUUCUGUAUCUUUACUAUAACCAUCACAGGACAAGCUGUAGUAGAUAACACAGCACCCGUGAUCAGUGGCUGUCCCAAUGAUAUUGACCUCACCGUUCCUGCUGGAACAACCAGCAUUCCAUUGACCUGGACCGAGCCAACUGCAGUAGAUGAAACCAGUGCAGUGACUACAACUCGAACCGCAGUACCUGGAACUAGUUUUGCAGUGGGAGCCUCAACAGACGUUACUUACACAUUUACUGAUGCUUCUGGCAAUUUUGAUAUAUGCACCUUCACUGUCACACUGACUGCUUCCAGUGUUGACCAGACUCCUCCAGUCAUCAGUGGAUGUCCUCCUGGUAUCACAGUUACUGUACCAGCAGGAGUCACCAGCACUGCUGUGUCCUGGGUACCUCCAACAGCGACUGAUGAAGUUUCUGCUGUGACCUUCACAACGACAAACGCCCCUGGAAGCCUCUUUGGUGUCGGAACUACUCCGGUCACCUAUACAUUCACAGAUCAAGCAGGAAAUGAUGCUUUCUGCAUCUUCAAUGUUAUUGUUGCAUCUGCUAACACUCCACCCACAAUAACUGGAUGUCCAAGUGAUAUCAUUCAAACUAUACCUGAAGGCAUGUCCAGCGUGCCGGUCAUGUGGAUUGAGCCUACCGCCAUUGAUCCAGCAGGUGGUGUGGUCAUGGUAGUUCCAACAGCCAUACCUGGAACCGUUUUCUCGAUUGGGGUCACCCCCGUUACUUAUUCCUUCACUAGUAGUUCUGGCACUUCCGCACAGUGCACAUUUAAUGUUGUUGUUUCAACCUCUACCACAGACAACACUGAUCCUGUCAUCACGGGCUGCCCUCAAGAUAUUACCAUCACGGACAUCGGGCUUGAUGGAACACAGGUAGCAACAUGGGUUGAGCCAUCUGCCACUGAUAACUCCGCUGUGACUGUAACGAGGACUAAUUCACCAGGGGAUGCCUUUGUGGUUGGAACAACCACUGUGACCUACACCUUCACUGACACCAGCAACAAUUUUGCCAUCUGUGAAUUUGAUGUGACUGUCACAGAAAAUACACCUUGUGACAGCAACCCUUGUCCGGUAGAUGAACAAUGCUUCUACAGUGCUGAUACGUAUCUCUGCUUACCACAAGUUGCUGGCAGAAGGCGUAGAGAGGCAGAGGAUAUUUCUAUGACUGGAGAUUGCCCUUGCCUGAAUGACGGUGUAUGUAAGAGGGAUCACAAUGAUAACAACAGAUGUCUCUGUAAACCAGGAUUUUAUGGACCUCUCUGUGAGAAUGAAAUUGUUGUCCUCGACCCAUGCCAACCCAACCCCUGUGGUAGCAAUGGAACAUGCCGACACACUCCUAGAGGAAGCACCCUUUCUUUUGUCUGUGACUGUGCAGCUGGAUACAGUGGAAGAUAUUGUGAAAAAGUGGAGAUGAAAUCAUUUACUAAUGAGCAGAUGACCAGCGAACUUCAGGAGAUCAUCGGGAAGCAGACCUUGAUAUCUUGGGCUUUCCUUGCUGGUUGCUUCAUUCUGGUCCUCACCAUCCUCCUCCUACUCAUCGGGCUAGCCUGCCUUGCCCCUCGUUUCCGAACAACAGUACGGACUGGCAAGCAAGCACUCGAUGAGAUCACCCUCGUCCAGUAAUCAUUAAGGAAUGACAAUCUCGGGGUGGGAUGACAUUCUUGAGUAUUAUUGACUUGCAAUUACAUCCAACCCGACGGAAACUUGUUCUCGACAACAUCUUGCGGGCUCGCUUGAUCUAGGGUUGAUAUACGCAAUGAUAAACAUACUUUACCUAACCGUCUUCCCAUUUUGUUAGAUAUUUAUAAAUAUAUAUAUAUAAAUAUGUAUUCUUUUAUAUUUUCUGUCAAAAUUAAGUUAGAAAUGCAGGCAUUUUUCAUUGGUCUCUUGUAGAAUAACCAGUAUGAUGACUAUGACAUAUUAAUUAUGCUGUGUGGGACAGAUAUAUUUCUGGAGAGACUUGUCAUGUAACUGAAAUGUUUCUAACUUUUUCAAAGACAUGUACAAUUUUGCUUGUGCAAUGUGUGUCUUGUAAUAUCAGGGGAAAAGGAAAAACAGUAGGUAGAAAUAUUGGUUUACUGCAUAGCAUAUAUAGGUAUAUAAUUAAUUUGUUAGGGUUAUGGUUAUAAAAUGCAGCUUUCUGUUAGUUUCUGAUUGCUUUCUCUACUAAUCCCAUUAUGUUUUAUUCUAUUCUUGUUUUUUUAAUAUACAUGUGUAUCUGAGCAGCUUAUUGAAAGAGUGAUAUCUUUUAAAAUAGAUAAUUGAUCAUGAUUCCAAGAAUCAAAUUCUUAACUUUACUUUAAAAGUUUUCUUAUCACAUUGCAAAGAUGUUUAUCACAUGAUCUGUAUGUAUUUUUUUUGUACUGCACAAUUAUACAUCUUGACAAUAAAUUGAAUUUCAAUG